UGCGCAGGGUUGCUGUGCAGCUAAAAGUAUUGGUAUCGGACGGUCGUAUUUUUGUUAUGCUGUUGUUGUUGUUUAGCAAAAAUGGAUCAACAACUGCACCGUCUGACGGAUCGUCAUUACUCGGAAGUGGAGGGCUUGCUACAGGCUAUGGACAUGCCGAGUUCCGACCACGAAGAAAUUGACUCGGAAUCGUGCCGACUCAGCCGGUAUAAUGUGGCCAACCUGUAUGAGGGACGUCAGCGUUGCUACACAAUGCCGCACGUGCCCCCAGCGCCGCCCUCCACACCAACGUUGUUAACGUCCAACGGCAGCAGCGGCGGCAAUGUCAAUGGGAACGGCACUGGUAACAGUAACGGUAGCGCCAAUGGCAGCUCCAGCUCACCCACCGCCAGYCUGGUGGCCGAUAAUCAAUCAAUCAAUCAUUUUAUCUAUGUUAAAAACGGUAAGAACCUGCGUCGCGAAACCCGUUGCGUUGACUCCGAGCUAUCUAAGCUGUUCAACGUGGUGUCCAUCACAAAUCGGCUAACUGCCGUCAAGAAUCGUGCGCACAAACUGCAUCAACAUCAGCAGCAGCAUCUGCCGCUGGCCGACCGUGGUAUUUUAAAUACAUCCCGGACCAUAUCCAAGCUGCAUGGUGCGACGAAAAUCUUUAAGAUUCAUCGCGAUCCCAAGGAAUUCCUGCGCGAAACGGACGAAGAUUCAGUGUCGGCGCCCGAAUACGAUGAAGAGGAGGAGGACACACGUUUCCGUUUCUUUCGACGGACACGACACUCACGCCGGCAUUCGUAUACGCGCAUGGAGCGUAAAUUUGCCCGGUUCGAGCAUCACGAGCGCAUGGAGACGAUCGUUGAUAGUUUCGAUGCGGCCAUGAGUUUUAACGAUGCAGAUACCUGAGCGGAUGCACCAGCUGACGCUACAACCACUAGAACAACAACAACAGAAACACCUUCAACAACAAAAAGAACAGCAACAGCAACAACAACAAGAACAACAGCAAGUGUAGCGACAGCUUCUGCAUUCAAGCAACAACAACAACAACAACAACAACACCACAGGCACGAAGGGCAAGUGGUUGGCCGCCAAGUGCAAACCAAUGUGAUGAAUGUGAAU